AUGGAGAUCGAGAAUAUCGUCGCCAACACUGUCUAUAUCAAGGCUCGAGAAAGUGGCGGUCAAAAGAAAGGGAAGAGUAAAAAGUGGAAGAAUUAUUUGCAAUUCCCGCACUACACAGAAUGUUUAUAUCUCAGGUCGGAGAUUGAUGUCAGCUAUAGUUAUGUGGUCGAAAAACAACCAAUCGGUAAAUUGCUUUUUGAGCAGUUCUGCAAUACAGAUGAACGGUAUGCAAGGGCGUGGACGUUCUUAUGUAAAGUUGAAGAAUACGAAACAUCUGAUGAUGAUGGCGAAAGUCGCCGGUCAUUGGCCAAAUCAAUAGCUUCGCUUUUAUCAGUAGAUAAUGACGCUCCCUGUACGUCAAGUGAUUCGUUAUGGUGCAGCUUCUUAUCGGAAGAUUUUAUAGAAAAAUUCACUUCCAUUGCCAGUGAUGCGUCGCAUGAAUCUGAACCGUCUAGUGGCAUAUUUUUCGAAGCUUACAAAAGUGUACAGUCAUUCCUUGCUGAUCGUUCGUUUCAAAAAUUUUUGGAAACACAUUAUUUUCACCGCUAUUUGCAGUGGAAAUGGUUGGAAAAAAGGCCUGUGGAUAAGCACACAUUUCGUCUAUACCGGGUACUUGGAAAAGGAGGCUUCGGAGAAGUUUGCGCUUGUCAAGUGAGAGCUUCUGGGAAAAUGUACGCUUUGAAAAAAUUGGAAAAGAAGAGGGUGAAAAAGAGACAUGCGGAGACUCUCAGUCUAAAUGAAAAGCAAAUCCUGCAGAAAAUCAAUUCUCCGUUUGUGGUUAGUCUUGCAUACGCAUAUGAAACAAAGGAUUCUCUAUGCUUAGUUUUAACGCUUAUGAAUGGAGGUGAUUUGAAAUUUCACUUGUACAACUUAAUACCUGGUGGAUUUGAUGAAAAACGUGUGCAGUUUUAUGCUGCUGAAAUUACUCUCGGCUUGCAGCAUUUACACAAGGAGCAUAUCAUUUACAGGGAUCUAAAACCAGAAAAUAUCCUUCUCGACGAUUAUGGACAUGUUCGAAUAUCUGACCUAGGACUUGCAGUUGAGCUAAGAGAUAAUGAACCUAUAAAAGGACGUGUUGGCACGGUUGGUUAUAUGGCGCCAGAAGUUAUCAAAAAUGAACGUUAUUCAUAUAGUGUCGAUUGGUGGGGAUUGGGUUGUCUAAUAUAUGAAAUGAUCGAAGGAAAGGCACCUUUUCGGCAACGGAAAGAAAAAGUGAAACGUGAAGAAGUGGAACGGCGAGUUCAUGAAGAUCAGGAAAAGUAUUCAGAUAAAUUUAGUGAAUCUGUCAGGACUAUAUGCAGAGGUCUUCUACACAAAGAACCAGGAUUUCGGCUUGGAUGUCGCAGAGUUGGUAAACCGGAAGAAGGUGCUGAAGAGUUGAAAAGCCAUCCUUUUUUUUCACAGGGAGAUAUGAAUACGGGUAGAGAAGCGGUACCUUGGAAGAAAAUGGAAGCCGGGAAGUUAACACCACCGUUUUGUCCUGAUCCUAGAGCAGUAUAUGCCAAAGAUGUGCUUGAUAUCGAGCAAUUCAGCACUGUUAAAGGUGUAAGAUUAGACGCUACGGAUAAUCAGUUUUAUGGGAAAUUCAGCACCGGAUCUGUUUCAAUACCAUGGCAGAAAGAGAUGAUCGAAACAGAAUGUUUCCGAGAACUCAACGUGAUGGAACAAAAUGGUGAAUUAGUGUGGAAUUUGCGUAAUGACUCGAUUAGGGGUGAAAAUAGCAAAAGUGAAUCUAAUAACAAAUUUGGAUUUCUCGCACGACUGUUCAAGCGAAAAACCGAAUUUUAA